UAAAAAUAUUCUAUUUUGGAUCGAAAGAUAACUUCGUGGGUGGGUUUUUACGUAGGAGUAAAGUUAUUAGUCGGCCUUUCGCUUUCAUUUGUGCAACUAGUUUGUUCGAUUUCCUGUAUGCAAGUGCGAUGUUUAAUUAAUAUGAAAUAAAUUAUUAUAUUUUGAUGUGUAAAACCUGAAAUUACAAUACAUUGCGUUUUGUACUUUUUCGUAAUGUUCGGGUGUCAAAAUUGUUGACAUUGACACAUUGAUCGAGAGAAAAAAACUGCAAACCGACGGGACGUUCAAUCAAAACAAAUAAACAUUUAUUUCUAAUUCUUUCGUGAAAAGUAUAACUCAACCGAAUGUGACUAUUUUUACAAAUAUAUAUUGUGUAAUUACCAUUUUUAUUUUAUUUUUGAAAUGCCCAUCGGCAGAAAACGCUGGAAUCUUCAUGAUGGACCACAAGGCUCUCUGCGACGCCUGCGUAAUCAACUUGCAGAGGAUGGUUGCGCUGAGUCCCAAGUGGUACUCGCUGAGCAACUCCUGGAAGAGAAAUGUGAAUUAGAAGCAGACAAGAUAUCAAAUUUCAAACAAGCACUAGAAUGGUUGAUAUGUGCAACGGAACAAGCGCACCCUAAAGCCAGAAGAAUGUUGAGAAGGUGCAUUAGAAGUGGUGUUAUUGACGAGGAUAGCGCGGCGAUAGUUCGUGCCAAGUCGUGCCUUGCAGCCAGUCGACAGGAGAUCGUCGCCAGGAAAGCGGCCAGAGAUCUAUUUGCCAGUUUAUCGAACGGCGAGGAAUACAUAACGACGGCGCAACUGGAGCGACGCAUCCGUGAGAUUUGCAGCACCACGCUACGGAAGGAGCCCGACGAUACCGAUUCGCCGGAUGAUGAUUCACCAGUAGAAGAGCAUGCGUUAGACGGUGCCCAGGCGUUGGAGCCGUCGCAUCUCCAGGCCGGCGAUCAAAUCCAUAGCAAUGGCACAAUACGAGCGUCCCCCUCGCCGGAGGAAGAAUAUCCGGACACGUGCUCUCCAAGCGAUGAUAUUCGUAACUUAACGGUCGAUAAUUUAGUGUCGGCCGCAGUCGACUACUGCCAAGGCGAGCUGCCGCUGGUCAGCUACGAGCUAACGCUCACAGACCCGAGCGUGAAGGCGUUAGACCACAUUCCAUUACUCCAGCGGGCCUUCCUACACCCCCUAGUUUUCAUACAAAUAUUAUAUUUCAAAUUAUUGUAUUAUUUCGGAUCGUUUUCGUUUCGAUUGUCCCAUAUCGAACUUUCCUUGCUCCUCAUCGCUUACUUAUUCGUCAGCGCGGAUAGCUUGUAUCACCUAGUACCUUUAGUUUUAUACUACGUCAGUUUUGUCGUGAUGGUUGUGUGCACUUUCAAAAUGUUGCACGCGAAGCGACAGUUUAUCGACUUCAGAAAAUGGUCUGGACUGUUCCUAAGGUAUAGUGAUGGCAAUUUGCAACCUGACGAAUCGGAAAAUUUGUUUGUGAGGAACAAUUUGGCGCCAUUUUUCCAGUUCUUUCUGGCUUUGUUCAUCAAUUUGUUUUUGUAUCCGUUUAUUGCCACUCAAUGGGUUCCGUUCUCGGAAUUUUGUGUUCUAUCGUUCUUUUUGAUGUUUUUGACUCUUUUCUCCUUCGGUACUAAUGGCGCCCAUUACCCAGAUAUGUUGGCUCUGGCGUCGUUUGGAAUUAAUGUUCUGGCAAAAUAUCCUUACGAGAAAGACACUGUGGUUCAUCAAGGUUGGAGGUUCCUCGACCUUCACAUAUCGAAUUAUCCGUCUUAUAUACUUGGUAAUAGUAUCGAAUUUUGUUUGAACGCUCGCGCACUAUUCACUCUACUGAUUCCUGUUACUCUGUUCCCAAUGGCGCGUCGUAGUGAAUGGCAAGGUUUCUUCAAACAUGUUCUGCCGCAUUGCGUUACUUUGAGUUGGUUGCAAAUGUUCAUUCUGUGUUCUCAUGGAUGUACUACAUAUGGGCUUAUAAGAGGGACAUUGGCGUUAGUCUGUUCAUUCCUAUUUCUUCCCCUGAUCGGUGUGGCUACGAUAACUUUGCCUAUAUUUGCGUUCCUGCAGUAUAUUACUUUGCCUAAAAUAAUGUAUGCAGCGUCGGUCGUCACGUGGUUGGGUGCUAGUUUGACCGUAACGUGUUUGCUGUCUAAAUCGGAGACUACCAAGAAGUUUGUCACGCCAUUUCAACUAGCGGUGGGACUCCUAACACUCAUCUUCUUCGGAAACCAAUUCAUUGUGAAAAUCCAAGAUGACGGCCUCCCAUCGGGACUUAUCGAACUGAUCGGCGAAGAGAAGUCCAGCAUCAAAAACCUUCUCAAAAACGAAUUCAUAACAGACUACGAAGACAACACUUACCACAUCAACUGGGACGAUUAUUAUGCUCAUUGCAACAACCCAUCUUGGACGGAUUAUAAUAUCGCAGCGACACAGAUCAAAUGCUCGGUACUCGAAGGUGCCAACGUAAACUGGGAGGGUUAUAUCAAGGAGGUAAACUUAAUCAAUGUGAAGAAUAAGUGGAACGAUUUCGCGUCAUGGUUACCGGGCUUCUUGCAAGAAUACUUCAAAUGUUAUUACGGCGAGGAAUAUUCGAGUUUGUGUAGCAGUGCAGAGAGUUUACAAUCCGGUGACGAGUGCGAGUUUGCGAGGAGCGUUGCCAGACAGAGCGGCAAGACGUGCCAUUUGGAUAAUUUGAACGAAUACACAUAUGAAGUAAAACUAAUGAUGGAGGCGAGCGGCGGUUUACUGAAACGUCAUGCAGAAAUUUCAAUAAUAUUCAACGAUUUUUUUACAAAUUUCACCCGUUUAUUAAGAGCGAACGACAAAGUUCGAUUCAAAGGAAUACUAACAAACGAAAAUCGUCCUUAUAAUAUUGGCGCUAAGGACCUGAAUAUAAAGGGAUAUGAGAUUAAUUGUUUAGAAUGUAAGGAAGCCAGAGGUACGGUGACAACAAAGACCCCGGUUCUGUCGAAGUUCUCAGAGUUGUGCAAGACCGUCGUUAACGACUGUGUGGUGUCUACGAAGAAUGUUUUAAAUUUCCUGUUAAAUCCAGUGAUUGUUUUUAAAUAAAUGGUUGUGGAUUGUGUUGUUGAUUUGGAA